CGCACUUCCGCUGACGCCCUGACACGACGAGCCUGCGUUCUGUUAGUACCACCUGACGUUCGUUCCAGCCACUGAAUCCCUCUUUUCCAUCUCUCGCUACGAACACAGAAAAAAAAAACCUAGACCUGUUUAGAUCGACUUCUCUACUACCAAAACUAACCACAAGAGAGUAAGAAAAAAGCUGGCUGUGGUCAACCCGAGGGUUGUUGCAAUUUCUUUUUUAAAACGAGUAGAGAGGAUAUGGUGAAACCGGCAGGAUGGUUUCUCCGUCGGGUACAGUACCUCUUGGUUCUAGCCACCAUAUUGGUUUGGUACGGAGCGUGUAACUCCGCUCCUCCCUACACCAACGACUUUGCCGUGCAGAUCAGGGACGGGAAACCCGACACUGCCGAGCUACUGGCGAGGAAAUAUGGCUACCUCAACCUUGGGCAGAUACGAGAACAGAGAGACUUGUACCACUUCCGACACCGAGGCGUGCCUCAUGUACGGCGCAGGCGCAGUGCGGCGCAGCAGAGCAGGCUGGAGAACGACAUGCGGGUACGAGCUGCAGUACAACAACAGGGUUUCCGCCGUAGGAAACGCGGGUAUAACGAAGUGAAUAACGACAACUACCGUCAGAUCGACAUCAACGACCCGCUCUUCCCUAAACAGUGGUACCUGCUGAAUACUGGCCAGGCAGAUGGGAAAGCUGGACUGGACCUGAAUGUGCUGGAGGCUUGGGAGAUGGGCUAUACGGGAGAAGGUGUCACCAUCGCUAUUAUGGACGAUGGAGUUGAUUACCUGCACCCUGACUUGGCUGAUAAUUACAACGCAGACGCAAGCUACGACUUCAGCAGCAACGACGCCUUCCCGUACCCCCGGUACACAGACGACUGGUUCAACAGCCAUGGUACCCGCUGUGCAGGAGAAGUGGUGGGCAAGAUCAACAACGGUCUGUGCGGAGUGGGCGUAGCGUACGGCGCACGAGUGGCAGGAAUCCGGAUGUUGGACCAACCGUUCAUGACUGACAUCAUAGAGGCCUCCUCCAUGGGCCACAAGCCGCAGGAAAUAGACAUCUACAGCGCCAGCUGGGGACCGACGGACGACGGCCGUACGGUGGACGGGCCGCGGGAGCUCACCGUGCAGGCAAUGGCUGACGGUGUCAAUAAGGGGCGUGGUGGAAAGGGCAGCAUCUACGUGUGGGCAUCCGGAGACGGCGGGAGUCAGGACGACUGUAACUGUGACGGCUACGCCUCCUCCAUGUGGACCAUCUCCAUCAACUCCGCCAUCAACGACGGCCGCACCGCCCUGUACGACGAGUCCUGCUCCUCCACUCUCGCCUCCACCUUCAGUAACGGCAGGAACAGGCACCCGGAGGCUGGCGUGGCCACCACGGACCUGUACGGAAACUGCACGCUGAAACACUCCGGCACCUCCGCUGCAGCUCCAGAAGCCGCCGGGGUUUUCGCGCUGGCACUGGAGGCCAACCCGAACCUGACGUGGCGGGACAUGCAGCACCUGACGGUCCUGACGUCCAAGCGGAACCAGCUGUACGACCCGGUGCACGAGUGGCGGCGGAACGGCGUCGGGCUGGAGUUCAACCACCUGUUCGGGUUCGGCGUGCUGGACGCGGGCUCCAUGGUGAAGAUGGCCCAGGACUGGAACACCGUACCCAAACGGUUCCACUGCACGGGGACAUCCAUGUCUGACGCCAAGCCGAUCCCAGUGGAGGGGAAAGUGGUGGUCAAGCUGACCACUGACGCGUGCGAGGGCCAGGAAAACUUUGUGCGCUAUCUGGAACAUGUGCAGGCUGUGGUCACCCUGCGGUCGACGCGAAGAGGUGACGUCAACAUCAACAUGACGUCACCGAUGGGCACGCAGUCCAUCCUGUUGAGCUCACGCCCCAAUGACGACGACUCGGUCAAGGGCUUCGACCGCUGGCCCUUCAUGACCACUCACACCUGGGGGGAAGACCCUAGAGGAGACUGGGUGUUGGAGGUCGGGUUCCAGGGAGAUGAGCCACAGGAGGGCGACCUUCUGGAGUGGACACUGCGGCUGCACGGCACUCAGAGCGCCCCCUACAUCGACCAAGUUGUUGACGAAUGGCACACCAAGCUGGGGAUGGAAAAGAAACGCCAAGAACUCGACUUGAAAGAAGAGAAGAAGGAAGAAAAGGAGGAAGAAGAAAAACGCCAAGAGAAGGAGAAGGCCGAAGCAGAGGAGGAGGAGACAACAAAAGACGAAGAAGAAGAUGAAGAAACCGCACCGAAGAAGGGAAAGGAAGGUGGAGGUAGCUGGCUAUCACUGAAGCCAAACUAUAUGAUAGGCCUGUAGAAUGGACGUAACCCUGAAGCCACAAAUGGUCACAAGAUGAUUUCUUUUCCUUAGUUUAGCUCAUAAAAGAGGAAGCUGAUCAGCUGUACACAUCUCUGGGUCUCUAAAAUACCCUGGUUGCAUUAAGUCUCACUCUUGUCAUAUAUGGUAAUAUUUCAACAGCCAGAGUAUAUGUGUAAACAAAAAGAUAUAUAUAUAUAGAGAGAGUUCUACUUAUUGUAUCUUAGGUAUGUGAAAGGAAGUUGGUUCAUCUGUGGAGUUCUGUGAAGGUUAGCACCUAUAUUGCUUCAGGCAAGGAAUUGUGGAGUAGUCAAAUUGUAUUAGAUCAUAAACACAUGCACACGCACACACAAUCACACACACACACUCGUGCGUGCGCACGUGUAUUCACAAUCGAUGGAAAGAGAUUUUGCACACGUACACACACACACACACACGCACACACUCACAGGCUCAUAUAAACACAAUAAAACUCAACAUUCAUAAAUGUAUAAGAUAAAGAAAAAUGAUAUUUUUGUCGUGAGCUAAAUACUGUACUAAAGAUGAAUUACUUUGACACCAGGAACCCUAUUGUGUUUCGAUGUUACUUAUAAGUCUAUUACAGGAGUAAUAUUAUGCAACGGCAUUGGUGCCGACACAUAUAUCUGUAUGGACUUACGUGAUUAUGAUAUAUGGUAUACAGGCUUUUCAUCUGACGUCAUCUGCUCCAUGUUGGAUUACUGUAAAACACACAAAGAUGCCAUUGAUCAAUCCAUUUAUACACAAACAUGGUUGUCAGAGGAUUGACAUUACAUACUUCGAUGAAGGUUAGACAUCCAGGUAAUAAGAUACGCCAAAAAGCCCUCUACCUGCUAAAACCUUAUCUCUAAAUAGCUUUUCUCAGUUCACGAACUCAUGAUAGUGGAUGGUAUCUGAAAUGUCUGACCGUUUCCAAAGUCAUAUUCAGUUGCUUUAUAGUAACUACGCUUUGGUGAUUCAAAUCAUAAUCAGUAUCAUGACAUCAAUGAAAAGACUGUAUUGCCUGCCAUGCUGGAUAGCUAGACCUGGGAGCCUCCGGGAAAAUUUGUAUUUGUGUAUGUUAUUCCGGUUACAUACUUAUGCAAAUUUAUUCAUGACUCAUCUGGUUUUAACCAAUCAAUAUUGCGUCUUACUGGUGUCUACUUCCGCACCUCAGUGAACCACGCCUCUAGAAAUUUUGGAUAUCUAUCGAUCUUCCGACAGAUCCAAUGACCAUCAUUGAUUGUCCUCAGCUUACAAAUAAGAUAUUUACGAGCUUGAUGACAAUACAAAAGACCCUAUGUGAACGUCAGGCGUGAUUCACUUAUAUGCAAAUGAACACAUGUAUGGAAAAU